GCACAUCGUGUUGGUAGCGUCCUGCAGCUGCUUCCCGGGAGGAUCUUGCUGGCUAGUUGUCCCUUUCCUGUUGCGGAAGAUGGCUUCCCGCGCCGGGCCUCGAGCUGCGGGGACCGACGGCAGCGACUUCCGGCACCGGGAGCGCGUGGCCGAGCACUUCCAGAUGAGUGUCUCCCUCAAGUCUGAAAUCAAGAAACUGAUCUACAUGCAGGUGGCAUUGUGGCUGCUGGUGGCGGCACAGAUGUGUGUGGCACAUUUUAAGCUCUUAUCUCAUGAUCUGGUGGCCAUGCCUUACCAGUGGGAAUACCCGUACCUCCUCAGUAUCAUUCCUUCACUCUUCGGACUUUUCUCCUUCCCCCGAAACAACAUCAGCUACCUGGUGAUCUCUAUGAUCAGCACUGGUCUCUUCUCAGUGGCACCUCUCAUCUAUGGCAGCAUGGAAAUGUUCCCAAUGGCACAGCAGCUCUACCGCCAUGGCAAAGCCUACCGCUUCAUCUUUGGCUUCUCAGCUGUCUCUGUCAUGUACUUGCUCAUCGUGGUGGCUGUGCAAGUUCACGGGUGGCAGCUUUAUUACAGUAAGAAGCUUCUAGACUCCUGGUUCACCAGCACACAGGAGAAAAAGAAAAAAUGAACAUGUGUUGGGGAGUUGCAUGCAUGCAACAUUGUCUCGGGGCAAAGGGUGGGAGCAAGGGAGUGCCUCUCCAAGCAGAGGGAGAGCAAGGGUGCUGUUGAGGGUUCUCUGUCAUCUCAUUCUAGCCAAGUGGGUAGGAGGUGCUUGAGGUCCCAUGAAAGCCAAGACACUUUG